CCUUCCUAUUUUUCCCCCAACACAAUUAUGCCUUAAUAGUAAAAUUUGUUUUCCUCAGUGAAUUGUGAUGGAACAACAACAACACUUUGUAUGGUUAUUAUUGUUUGAUUAGUUGUUGUAUCACACACUUUAACCUAGCCACCACCUAAGUGGAAAGUAUAUGAUUGCUUCUUCUAUCUUAAAAGUCUAGCCUCUACCAUUCACACUCACCCACUGGUUUUCAUCUACCUACUUAGCACAACCUGUAGGUAAGUGAUGGCGCAAAUUCUGCUACAUGGGAUUCUCCAUGCCACAAUCUAUGAGGUCGAUAAGCUCAAGACUAGUGGUGGCAAUGUUAUUACCAAGCUCGUUCAAAACAUUGAGGAGACGGUUGGUUUUGGAAAAGGAGUUACUAAACUUUAUGCAACCAUUGAUCUAGAGAAGGCACGAGUGGGUAGAACAAGAGUUAUAGAAAAGGAUCAUAAAAAUCCUAGAUGGAAUGAGUCUUUUCACAUUUACUGUGCCCACAUGGCAGCAGACAUCAUAUUCACUGUGAAAGAUGAUAACCCCAUUGGAGCAACCUUAAUUGGAAGAGCAUAUGUGCCUGUUGAGGAGGUCCUGCAUGGCAAAGAAAUAGAUAGAUGGGUUGAACUUUUGGAUGAGCAUAAAAAUCCAAUUCAUGGACAUUCAAAGAUCCAUGUGAAGCUGCACUAUUUUGAUGUUUCAAAAGACAAAAACUGGGGUUUAGGCAUUAGAAGUCCUAAAUUUCCUGGAGUUCCUUAUACUUAUUUCUCACUAAGACAAGGAUGUAAGGUUUCUAUGUACCAAGAUGUCCAUGUCCCAGACAAUUUUGUCCCUAAAAUACCACUUGCUGGAGGCCAGAGUUACAAGCCUCAUAGAUGUUGGGAGGAUGUUUUUGAUGCAAUCAAUAAUGCAAGGCACUUAAUUUACAUUACUGGAUGGUCUGUUUAUACUAAGAUUACAUUAGUGAGGGAUUCUAGGAGGCCAAAACCUGGAGGAGACACAACACUUGGUGAGCUUCUCAAGAAAAAAGCACUUGAAGGUGUCAGGGUUUUGAUGCUUGUUUGGGAUGACAGAACAUCUGGUUUGUUGAAAAAAGAUGGGUAUAUGGGGACUCAUGAUCAAGAAACUAAGGAGUGCUUUAAUGGUUCUGAAGUGCACUGUGUUUUAUGUCCUAGAAAUCCUGAUGAUGGUGGGAGUGUUGUUCAGGACAUAGAAAUUGCCACCAUGUUUACUCAUCAUCAAAAGAUUGUGGUUGUGGACAGUGAGUUGCCGAGUGGAGUGUCAGAGAAGAGAAGAAUUGUGAGUUUUGUUGGGGGAAUUGAUCUAUGUGAUGGAAGAUAUGAUACUCAGUUCCAUUCACUUUUCAGAACCCUUGGCACAGUACAUCAUGAUGAUUUUCAUCAAAUUAACUUCCCUGGUGCUUCAAUAAAAAAGGGUGGCCCCAGGGAACCUUGGCAUGACAUCCACUCUAGGCUUGAAGGGCCUGUUGCUUGGGAUGUUCUGUUCAACUUUGAGCAGAGAUGGAGGAAGCAAGGUGGAAAGGAUUUGCUUGUUCCACUGAGAGACCUUGAAGAUGUCAUCAUUCCACCAUCCCCAGCAACUUUUCCCAAUGACCAUGAGACAUGGAAUGUUCAAUUAUUCAGAUCAAUUGAUGGUGGAGCUGCUUUUGGGUUCCCAGAGAAUCCUGAAGAUGCUGCUAGAGCAGGGCUUGUUAGUGGCAAAGACAACAUAAUAGACCGCAGCAUUCAAGAUGGUUACAUCAAUGCUAUUAGAAGAGCAAAGAAUUUCAUCUAUAUUGAGAACCAGUAUUUCCUUGGAAGCUGUUAUGCUUGGAGUGCUGAUGGUAUUAAGCCUGAAGAUAUUGGUGCUUUGCAUCUGAUCCCAAAGGAGCUUUCAUUGAAGAUUGUUAGCAAGAUUGAAGCAGGGGAAAGGUUCAGUGUGUACAUUGUGGUUCCAAUGUGGCCAGAGGGUUUCCCAGAGAAAGGGUCAGUUCAGGCAAUAUUGGACUGGCAGAGGAGAACAAUGGAUAUGAUGUACAAGGAUGUUGUUCUGGCACUUAAUGCCAAGGGAAUUGAGGAAGAUCCUAGGAACUAUUUGACAUUCUUCUGCCUUGGCAAUAGAGAGGUGAAGAAACAAGGAGAGUAUGAGCCUGUAGAAAGACCAGAACCUGAUACAGAUUACAGGAGAGCCCAAGAGGCCAGGCGCUUCAUGAUUUAUGUUCAUGCCAAGAUGAUGAUAGUUGAUGAUGAAUACAUAAUCAUUGGUUCUGCCAACAUCAACCAGAGAUCAAUGGAUGGUGCUAGAGACUCAGAGAUAGCCAUGGGUGGUGCUUAUCAACCCUAUCAUUUGGCUGCCAAACAACCAGCAAGGGGUCAGAUUCAUGGCUUCCGCAUGUCAUUAUGGUAUGAGCACCUUGGCAUGCUCCAUGACUCCUUCCUCCAUCCUGAAAGUGAAGAAUGUAUUAGAAUGGUGAACCCUAUGGCUGAAAAGUACUGGGAUCUCUAUUCUGGUGAGUCACUUGAGCAAGACCUUCCUGGACACCUGCUCCGCUACCCUGUUGGGAUUUCUGAGGAAGGAAAUGUGACAGUGCUGCCAGGAUUUGAAUUCUUCCCUGACACCAAGGCUCCUGUUCUUGGCAAAAAAGAUGACUACCUUCCACCCAUCCUUACCACCUAG